GGGUCCCUGCCCCUUCCCCGCAGGCGCCCCCCGAGGGGAUGCCGAGAGCGCCCCGGCAUGGCUGACAAGAGGAAGCUGCAGGGGGAGAUUGACAGGUGCCUGAAGAAGGUCUCGGAGGGGGUGGAGCAGUUCGAGGACAUCUGGCAGAAGCUGCACAACGCCGCCAACGCCAACCAGAAGGAGAAAUACGAGGCCGACCUGAAAAAGGAAAUCAAAAAACUGCAGCGGCUGCGGGACCAGAUCAAGACAUGGGUGGCCUCCAACGAGAUCAAGGACAAGCGGCAGCUGAUCGACAACCGCAAACUCAUCGAGACGGCUCUGGUGGCCACGUCCCCCCCCAGCCACUCCCAGAUGGAGGACGAGAUCUUCAACCAGAGCAGCAGCACCCCGACCUCCACCACGUCCAGCUCCCCGAUCCCGCCCAGCCCGGCUGCCAACGCUGUGAGUGACCCCCAAAAUAUCCAAAAAUUAUCCAAAAAUUAUCCAGAAAUAUCCCAAAAUAUCCCAAAAAUACCCCAGAAACAUCCCCCGCCUCCAGCUCCCCGAUCCCGCCCAGCCCGGCUGCAAAUGCUGUGUUACAGCUCCGUGGUCGCCGACAAUUCCGCGGAUCCGGGGCUGGGGGGGGGCGGCGCCCAGCCCCCCCUGGGGCAGCCCCCGGGGCACGGGACCCCCGGCGCCGCCACGAAGGACCCGGUUGCGGGCGCGGCGGGCGGGGGGGGAGGGGCGGCGCUGCUCGGCCCCGCCCCCAGCCCCGCCCCCUGCCCCUCCCCCCCCUUCGAGCCCAAGGGCGGCCCCGCCCCCGCCCCGCCCCUCCCCAACGGCCCCGCCCCCUUCGGGCCCGACGGCAAGUGUCCCCUGGGCCCCCUGCCCCUGCCCAAGGAGCAGCUCUACCAGCAGGCGCUGCAGGAGCCCGCCUGGCACCACAUGCCGCACCCCUCGGAUUCCGAGAGGAUCAGAAAAUCCACCCCAAAGGAGCUUUUUGGGGGUUCUUCAGAGCCUUUUCUUCAUUUUCUGCUCCAAAAUCCCCAAAAUUUGACCCAAAAUCCCCAGAAUUCAACCCAAAAAUUGGGGGUGACAAAAAUCCCCAAAAUUGCCCGAAAAUCCCAAAAAAAACGGGGAAAAAAUGCCCCAAAAUCCACCCAAAAGGAGCUUUUUGAGGCUUCUCCGAAAUUCCCGAAAUUCUUCUUCAUCUUCUACUACCUGGAGGGCACGAAGGCGCAGUACCUGGCGGCCAAGGCCCUCAAGAAGCAAUCCUGGCGCUUCCACACCAAGUACAUGAUGUGGUUCCAGCGGCACGAGGAGCCCAAAACCAUCACGGACGAGUUCGAGCAGGGCACUUACAUCUACUUCGACUACGAGAAGUGGGGGCAGCGCAAGAAGGAAGGCUUCACCUUCGAGUAUCGUUACCUGGAGGACCGAGACCUGCAGUGAGGGGACCCAAAAUCCCCCAAAAUCAACCCAAAAAUCCCCCCCAAACCCCCUGCAUGCUUUUUGGGGGGGGGGU